GGCCUGCCGAGCCCCAGGCCGCAGCCCGAGGCGCCCGCGGGGAGGCCCGGGCGGGAAGGGGAAGGAGGGUGCUCCCGGCUGCGGAUGGCGGGCGGAGGGUCGAGGCCGCAGGCUGGGCUGCGGGCCGGGAGGGGUCGUCGUCGAUCGAGGCGCCGGGGGAGGGCUGCCCGUGUCUGGAGGAGGUGGAGGUGAAGGUUAUGUGCGGCGACCGCGGUUGGGGAGCCUGCGGAUCCCCCGGGGACGCAUCAACCGAGUGCCGGUGAAGUUAGCUCAAAGGCAGCGGAUUUCCUGAGAGCGUCGAGUAGUAGUUUUAAAGGAAAGAGCCCUUCGGUUUGGUGGCCUGGUUAUCAGACGUUGGAAGGCAGUAGGACAGAACAUACUCUCCGUGGUUUUAUAUCCAUUCUGGGGUUCAGAGAUUAACAUUGAACUUUGGUUCCUGUAUCUCUUGCCGGUGUCGAUAGAGUUAAGCUGGAGCUUUGCUUCGAAGGAUAAAAAGCACAGCCUCUCAACUGGACAUAAAUGGAUCUAAAGACCGCAGUAUUUAACGCAGCUCGAGAUGGCAAGCUCCGGCUUCUCACCAAAUUGUUGGCAAGCAAAUCCAAAGAGGAGGUUUCCUCCUUGAUCUCUGAAAAAACAAAUGGGGCCACGCCACUCCUGAUGGCCGCCAGGUAUGGGCACCUUGACAUGGUGGAAUUCCUCCUAGAGCAGUGCAGUGCCUCCAUAGAAGUCGGGGGCUCGGUCAAUUUUGAUGGCGAAACCAUUGAGGGGGCGCCCCCGUUGUGGGCCGCUUCUGCAGCGGGACAUCUGAAGGUGGUUCAGUCUUUGUUAAAUCACGGAGCAUCUGUCAACAACACGACUUUAACCAAUUCAACUCCUCUUCGAGCUGCUUGUUUCGAUGGCCAUUUGGAAAUAGUCAAGUACCUUGUAGAACACAAAGCUGAUUUGGAAGUGUCAAAUCGGCAUGGGCACACCUGCUUGAUGAUUUCUUGUUACAAAGGACACAAAGAAAUUGCUCAAUAUUUACUGGAAAAGGGGGCAGAUGUUAAUAGAAAAAGUGUUAAAGGUAACACCGCACUGCAUGAUUGUGCAGAGUCCGGAAGUUUGGACAUCAUGAAGAUGCUGCUUAUGUAUUGUGCCAAGAUGGAAAAGGAUGGCUAUGGAAUGACUCCUCUUCUGUCAGCAAGUGUGACUGGUCACACAAAUAUUGUGGAUUUUCUGACUCACCAUGCGCAGACCAGCAAGACAGAACGGAUCAAUGCUCUAGAGCUUCUGGGAGCUACAUUUGUAGACAAAAAAAGAGACCUACUUGGGGCCUUGAAAUACUGGAAAAAGGCCAUGAACAUGAGGUACAGCGACAGGACUAAUAUAAUUAGCAAACCAGUACCGCAGACACUAAUAAUGGCUUAUGAUUAUGCCAAGGAGGUAAAUAGUGCGGAAGAGCUAGAAGGUCUUAUUGCUGACCCCGAUGAGAUGAGAAUGCAGGCACUACUAAUUAGAGAGCGCAUUCUUGGUCCUUCUCAUCCUGACACCUCUUACUACAUUAGAUACAGAGGCGCUGUCUAUGCAGACUCAGGAAAUUUCAAACGCUGCAUUAACCUGUGGAAGUAUGCUCUGGAUAUGCAGCAGAACAAUUUGGACCCCUUAAGCCCGAUGACUGCCAGCAGCUUAUUGUCUUUUGCAGAACUAUUCUCUUUUAUGCUCCAGGACAGGGCUAAGGGUCUGCUGGGCACCACUGUUACAUUUGAUGAUCUUAUGGGCAUACUGUGCAAAAGUGUCCUUGAAAUUGAGCGAGCUAUCAAACAAACUCAGUGUCCAGCUGACCCAUUACAGUUAAAUAAGGCUCUUUCCAUCAUUUUGCAUUUAAUUUGCUUGUUAGAAAAAGUUCCUUGUACUCUAGAACAGGACCAUUUCAAAAAGCAGACUAUCUACCGGUUUCUUAAGCUGCAUCCAAGAGGAAAGAAUAACUUCAGCCCUCUCCACCUGGCUGUGGACAAGAAUACCACAUGUGUAGGUCGGUACCCUGUGUGCAAAUUCCCAUCUCUGCAAGUCACUGCGAUGCUGAUAGAAUGUGGUGCUGAUGCGAAUGUCAGAGACUCUGAUGACAACAGCCCCCUGCAUAUCGCUGCUCUGAACAACCAUCCAGACAUCAUGAAUCUCCUCAUUAAAUCAGGUGCACAUUUUGAUGCCACAAACUUGCAUAAACAAACUGCUAGUGACUUGCUGGAUGAAAAGGAAAUUGCUAAAAAUUUGAUCCAGCCCAUAAAUCACACCACAUUGCAGUGUCUUGCUGCUCGUGUCAUAGUGAAUCACAGAAUAUCUUACAAAGGGCAUAUCCCAGAAAAGCUAGAGACCUUUGUUUCACUUCAUAGAUGAUAACUUGACUGCAUUUUAGCACUGUUAAAGCACGAAUUGGGAACAGUUGUUUCAUAAAUGAACACUGUUGUGAGAACACCAGCAUUCAUACAGCUUGAUAUCACCGUGCUCUCAUUGGCUAAAGCAUUAUAAGCAUCAAAUUUACAGGAUUGGUUUCCCAGUAUUUAAUAUAAAUACAUCAUAUAAUAUAUUGUUUGUGAAUUAUUGAGAAAUGUAAUGUUAUAUUCAGAUUCCUAAAAUGGUCUGCCAAAGGCUUUUAUCCAUUCUGGUUUUGUUUGCUGUUGGGUAUUUGGGACAGUUAACCAUUUUUCAGUGGUGUCUUUGUACUUUACUGGUUUGUGAAUUUUAUACAGUUGAAGGUCUUUUUUUCUGCUUCUCCCUUCUCUCUCCAAGCCUCUCUCUUCUCUGUUUCUACUGUAUCUUUUUCCUAACCAUUUCUACUUUUCCGUUUUCCCCCUAUGGACCCAUGCUAGAUUGUACAAACUUUAUGGACUUCUUACCAUUUUGCAGUUACCAUAAGUGCUUUAUCUUCUCUAUGCACCGGCUUAAACUUGACUGUUGUAUGUUAGCAUAUUUUCUAUGCAGCAGUUGGUCAAUUUCAACUCAAAACGCUGUUAAGUUUGUUACAAAGUCCAUUUAAUGAAAGUACUCUUGUAGCAUGACAAUUUUUAGAAUUACAGGUUAGCUACCUGAGCUAAAGCUUUUGGUUAGUUUUUUUUUCCUUCACAUCUGAGAUUUCUUUCUCUAAUCCACUGAAAUUAUUGUGUGCUAAAUUUGGGAAACAAAUCUGUUCUAAUUCAUUAACCCAGUUGAAAUUUAGGUCUGUCAUCUUAAUAUAUCAUGCAGUAAAAGGAAGAAUCUUUAUAAAGUGACCCACCUUUCAUGCUGCGCCAGCGUUGUCCUGCUUGUGCUGAUGAUGUGGUUAGGUGUAGAGAAUUUGCUUCAAUUCAAUUUCAGAGUUUAUCACACAGCUUACUGAGUCACACUAAAAUAUUCAGUAAUUGAACUGCAAACACUUUUAGUUACAAAAAGAGCUAAAGCAUGUCAGUGGCAUGAUGCUUGCCAAGCCAGAUCUAGGCAUCUAGGAUAAUUAAGGCAUUUUAGUAUGCAAUUUACUGCCAUAGUAUCACAGGUUGGUAACAGUGUUCUUUCUUUCUUUAAGCUUAAGUAUACCUUUAAAGAUAACUUGCAUGAAUUACUUUGGUCUCAAUUAUUUGUCACUAUAGUCAAACACAGAAAGUUGCAGUGCUUCCCAAUUCCCUUCCUGGAGGUUACCUUUUCUUUUCUUUUCUUUUCUUUUUUUGUUUUCUUAACAGCUUUGCUGCCACAGAAAGGGCUCUUUUAACUUAAGUGAAAAAGUACUAAAAAAGAUUCAGGUAAUUAUCAUUCAGCACUUUACUGUUAUUCAGACUAAAACUUUUGAUGGCAUAUUUGCCCUGCAAAUGUCUUAAUGAGAUUGUUCUGAAUAAAAAGUUCCUUAAUGGUUUGAGAAAAACUCAGUUUACCUGUGAGUUUAAUGAGCUGGAUCACUCAGAUCAUUCUGUGUUGACAUUUUAUUCUGAGAGUUGAUGUAAAGGUUGAUUUAAGGAGUCAUUGCAAAGAGUUACAUUAGGUUUAUUUCACCUUUAUGCAGUAAAAAACUUGCAAUGAAGGGUAGUAAAUAAAAAAGUAUUAGUCUUAUUUUCUGGUUUAAUAAUUGAUAUUUAAUUUUUAAAAAGAUAUCCUUACUCAUUUUACUAGGUUUUAAAUUUAAUUCCACCAUUGAAAAAGGUGAAUUGGAUAUAAAUGGUCACUCUCCAACCUUUUGAUGAAGAGAUUUUAGUUUCUUAUUUACCAUGGGCAAAUUUAAUGAAAUAUUUGAACUGCUGCAUAUAUUAAGAAUAAUUUGUGAUUUAGACAAAUAUUCUAGAAAUAACAGACAUCAAUAUUCUGAAAUCAUUUGCCUCUAACCUUGUGGUAUAAAGAAUUAUAUAUGCAUGAGCUUUUUUUUUUUUUAAGGAAAAGUUUACAAGUACAGUAAAUCUCUAUUGAUCUCAAUAGUUUGUGAGUAAAAGCUAAGAAAUUAGAUUUUUAAAGUGAUAUAAUAUUUCCCCCUCUUUUUUGGGAAGGGUUUUACAUGCUGUUACAGUAAGGCAUAUCUCACACUGUUUUGCAGGUGGACUUGAAUUGCACAACUAGUGUAAAAUAAGGAUUUCUUUACAUAGCAUUUUCCCACCAUUAAAUAUAAAUAACUUAGAACUAUUCUUCAGUCUUGGUGACUGAAAUGCCUUAUUUCAUUUAGAACACAAUUCUCUGCUGUUUGCCAUCUCCCCAGGAGGUCUUGAAAAAUCAGUUUGUGUAAUAGCUCAGAAUUGUCUGUGAUGUUAUUUUAGAGGGGUUGGCUAGUAAACGUGACCUCAGACACUGUUAAGACCUUUGUCAGAAAGUAUUCUCAAAAUGCUUCUAAGACUGAAUUUAACAAAAUACUUAAAUUGUGUUAUUUUUUUAACCAUAGAUGAGUAAUUUAAUACUUAAUGAGCUAAUUGUACUCAUGUGAGUCAUACUAAGCUGUACACUGUAGCAUGGUGAUGUUGGCUGGAGUUAAUAUGUAAGUUUCAAUUACAUUUUCAUAAAAGUGCCCUGUUAAAGGCCUGUUGAUUUUAGAUGGUCCACUGUUGAUCAUUUCUAUAAAAGAAAUGGUCCGUUUACUCACAUUAGAUACCAGUCUACUUUGUAAAGGCAGAUUGUAGAUUUUAAAAAGUCAUUUUCUUAACCAUAAAUAUGACAGGGCAUAAGCCCAAAUCAGCAAAAGGUAAUUUCGUGCCCAUUAUGAUUUUGAAGUUAAGUGAUUGCUCACUUGUAAAUGACUUCCUUAGAGACCCCCCUCUCCUGUGACUUGGGAAAAUUGUCUGGGUUAUCUUUGAAAAGGUAGCUUUUUAAAAUUCUGUUGCCCAGCAGAAAAGUUAGGUUGUAUUUUACAGGUAUAGUAAUCCUUAUAAUUAGUUUUCUCAGAGUUGUGGGCCAGAUCGGGUAGUGAUCGUGCUCCUGUGCACUGGAACGGCAGCAGUACCGCCUGGGACUCUGACCGUCCCAGAGUGGGAUACUGAGGGAACGAAAGUCAAGUGCUUGUCAUCUUUUUUUUUCACCCUCACGUAUCACUAAACAACUAGUUUCUCCCUCUUGUCAGUUCCCAUUGUGUAUCUUUUGAAAGAAGUACUGUAUUCAGAUGCCAGCCAAUAAAUUGUCACCUAAUGGAAAAUGAUAUGCCACAUUCAUUGUAAGGUUUAAUAAAAUUAAAUUUGCACCAAA